CUCAAACUAACCUCUGUAAUCUGUGGUUGUGUUGACGCGAAUCAUAAACACAAAACUUUGUUCUUUAUCUAUGACUUUGUUUAUGUGAAGGGCUUUUCUUCACAGGCAGAAGUCAAAAGUAAGACAUGGAAAGUAAAUUUCACAAAAUAUACGAGCUUGGAGAUCGGCUCGUUGUCGAAUUGAAGACCAGAGAAAUCUUCAAUGGGAUCUAUGUAGACGGAGGAAAAGACCGUAUUGUUCUAGAUGAAGUGAUACAACAUAAUAAUAGCAAUCAGCUCAGGGGGUUGUAUGAGUUUUAUCGUAGUGAAAUAGAGUCGGUGCACUGUCUACAGGCAACAUUGAUCAAAGAGAACCAGCCUGAAGAUACACCAGAAGAAACAUCGGAAGAACCCCCGAAUGAAAAGAAGAUGGACCUCAAACAUGCCAUGGGAAGAGGAGCGAUCAAAUUGUCCGAAGAAGAGUAUUUUCGUUUAAAAGAAAUGUCGCGGUCCUACAUUUACCUUGAGAAUGCAGAUAAACGGUAUUUUGACGCGAUAAAAGUGCUCAAAGAUGCAGAAAACAUUGGAGUGAUGUGUGUGGGGGUGGAUCCGGAUAGAAGAAGCAGAAUUUCCUUACUUGCUUUAAGCACGCGACAUCAGGUGUAUUUGCUUGAUUUCAGCCAACUACAAAGAUGCAAGAUGUAUCCGGAAGUGAAAGCCAUAUUUGAGUCGGAGUCGAUUUGCAAGGUGAUUUACAGAGGGGCCCCAUUGGCAGAAAUCCUUUAUAAAUCUUACAGUGUGCGCUUGCAAAACACUUUUGACACGCAGGCAGCGGAUUUGUUAGUGCAGAAACGGAAUGAAGGUGAUUUGGUGGAAAGGAACCUUUCAGAAUGUCUAGCACAUUAUCUGUGUCUGCCCCGUUCCCUGCUGGAUCAGGCCCUGUCAAUAACCACCAAUCAGUGGCGUGAAAGGCCUUUGAACAACCAACUGAAAUUAUAUGCAGCCCAACUGGUAGUCUACUUAGUUCUGCUGAAAUCCCACUUGCAAAGACUACUCUUAAGCGAUUUUUAUAAUCUGAUGAGCAAGCUCCAAGAUCACGUUCGUGUGAUUGAUGACUUCAGAUUCAGAAAAUACAGCAUCGCUCAAGGGCAGCUGGAUGAAGAUGUGAUGUCUAUGAUAAAAACCUUAUAACUUCCGGGGAUAUAUAAUAAGAAUUAUUUUUUAUAAGUCUCUUAGUUUAAGGUUUCAUACAGCGCGCUCAAUACAUUUCAUUACAUUUA